GCAGAUGAAAUACAAGCAGUUAGUGUGGAUGAAGCUUUAUUAGAGGUUGCCUCUCACGUUACACAACCGGGCACGGGCCAAGAAAUGGACUUGGCUACACAGAUCAGGGAUAAGAUUCGGAGCAAGACUGGGUGUAAUACGAGUGUUGGAGUAGGACCUAACAUUCUUAUUGCAAGAUUGGCUAACAGACGUGCUAAACCAAAUGGACAAUAUAUCUGUGGUCUUGAUCAAAUUCAGGAUCUAUUGAGCUCAAUCGAAGUAACUGAUCUUCCUGGAGUAAGAAAAACAACUUAUCCACUUCCUCGCUACUUAAAAGGUGUCCGGAUAGUAAAAGAUCUUGCCCUAGUUCCAUUAAGUAACCUACAAGCAAACUUUGGUACAAAAAUUGGGCAGACUCUCCACAAUUUCUCAAAAGGAAUUGACGAUCGGCUCCUUUCUACGCAUCCUACACGCCAGUCCGUGAGUGCCGAAGUUAAUUGGGGUAUUCGAUUUGAAAACGAAGAAAAGGCAAAAACUUUUAUCGAUGACCUUGCAAAAGAGGUUAGCGAACGUCUCGACUCUCAACAAAUGAAAGGAAGGUCAAUUACACUCAAAAUUAUGCGUCGUAAGUUAGGCUCAGGUGCACCUCUUAAGUAUCUUGGAUAUGGUGAUUGUGACACUUUCUCGAGAUCAACUGUUCUACCGCGGGCUACUGAUGAUAAUCAAGUUAUUGCAAAAAAUGCAUGGAAUUUGUACAAACAGCUCAAUUUCACUCCGAGUGAUGUGCGAGGUCUGUGA